GGGAGACGGCCGCGGUUCAUUCAUCAUCCUCUUCCUCACUCAGAGAGGUGAGUUCACAGGCAAAAGCUCCGUAUUUACAGCAGGAAGUGUUUGGGACCACCGAGAACAGGAGGACGCACUUCUGUCACACCUACGAGGAGCAUAUUUUUCUUCCCCGCCAAAUCAUUAGCAGAGGUGAAGCGUCAUGGGGAAACACAACAGCAAGCUUGCCCCUGAGGUCCUGGACGACCUGACCAAGAACACGGAAUUCAACGAGGCCGAGCUUAAGCAGUGGUAUAAAGGCUUCCUCAAGGAUUGCCCCUCUGGCAUCCUCAACCUGGAGGAGUUCCAACAGCUCUAUGUCAAGUUUUUUCCAUACGGCGAUGCCUCCAAGUUCGCCCAGCACGCUUUCCGGACGUUCGACAAGAACGGCGACGGGACUAUCGACUUCAGGGAGUUCAUCUGCGCCCUGUCCAUCACCUCCAGGGGCAGCUUUGAGCAGAAGCUGAACUGGGCCUUCAACAUGUACGACCUGGAUGGCGAUGGCAAAAUCACCCGUGUGGAGAUGCUCGAGAUUAUUGAGGCCAUUUAUAAGAUGGUGGGCACGGUGAUCAUGAUGCGCAUGAACGAAGACGGCCUGACCCCGCAGCAGCGCGUCGACAAGAUCUUCUCCAAGAUGGACAAGGACCAAAACGACGAAAUCUCCCUGGAUGAGUUCAAAGAGGCGGCCAAGUCGGACCCCUCCAUCGUCUUACUGCUGCAGUGCGACAUGCAGAAGUAAACGCCGAUUGCGUGGAGUCGGGAAAAGAGGAAAGGGGAGGAGAUGGAGGGAGGGAGGGAAUCUAGAGAAAUUGCGGCGGUGGUAUUCAAUUCAUCACUAUGAAUCAAGGGAUAUUUAGAAAACAAUCAAAAAAAAGGUUCCCCGAGUGAUUCGAUGUCGGAAAUAUGACGGAUUCAUACAUUAAUGCGUCGCUGGUGUGUUUGGGCGUAAUCGGUCAAAUCCUCUCCCACGUGGAAGAACAUUUUUAAAUGGAUUACUGUACAACAUGACAUCUGGGCUUAAAGCAAAACUUCAUUAAAAGUCCAUUACACUGAUGUCAUGGUUAUAAACAGCAUCAAGGGUGAUUACGCGCUACUUGUUCGAAAGCAUCUGACGAGAAAAGUCAGGAUUAUUUCCAUAUAAGAAAUGUA